GCACGCCGGGGAUAACUAGGUCGGCUCCUAGGAAUAGGCUAAUCCCUCAACACCGAUAGAGCAGACCGGGGUUCGCCAACUCCCAGCCGUCGGCCGAGGCGAUGUCUUCCCUUCUCUCCCCGCUCCGCCUUCCCCUGCCACCUCCUCGUCCUUCCUCAUCGAGCCCAGCCGCUCCGAAGCCAAAUGUCUACGCCGCUUUUCGCAUAUCCACGGUCCAACGGCCAAUUCUAUCCCUGCCUCCGACAACAGGAAGUUGCGGCUUUUCCAAGUCCCGUGGCGGGAGAUGCGUCGUUCCGCUUGCGAUGAGUGCAGCAGCUUCUGGGGAUUCUGAUGGUUCGACGAGAUUAAGUAUGGAUGCCAUCCGUAAGCUGUUCGAUGGAUUUCCUCAACCAGUUAAGAGCUUUCCCUGGAUGAGAGUGCUAUGGAGCUUUCAGAACAUCAUCUGUGAGCUUGUCUGGGCGGUUGCCAAGUAUCUCAGUGUGCCUCUUCUAGCCGUCACUUCCCUCAGCGAGAUGUCAUACUGCGCCCAUGAGAGAAAGAUGGGUGUGAUACCGAUUCCGGUCGUCGUUGGGUUUGCAGUUGCUGGGUGCCUUAAGGAUGCUGCCGAGCAGUUUUCGUCAGAUCUCAAGGAAGGAGGGCUUCCCUGGCAUUUGCUUCUGAUUGCGAGCUUCUUCGCAUUGCUCAAAUUGCCCGGCCCGUCUUAUCCAUACUGGGGGCGGUUAUUAAUUCCUCACCUUGCUAAUGGUGGUCUUGGGAGGACUAUUUGGCUAAUAUUUAUGUGGUACAGAAGGCCUAAUGCGGUACCAGGAGCUUCUUAAUAAAGUGGUUGUUUAUUUGGCUCAUCUUUGUCCGGUUUAAAGAACAGCAUCAUGAAGAAUUUCUAAACCAGCUAGUCUAUGAAAAGUCCUAUGGUUUAUCGAUGAGCAGAAGACAGCGAGAAGGAAAUUUGAAAGGAAAGAAGAGAAAGAAGGAAGGAUUUCUUUCGUAAAAUAUAAGAUCUUCCUCUUUUUUUUGCAUAGUUUCUUCUGAUGAUCAAAACCUAGCGCACCAUUGGCAGAUACAAUCAGGUUAACCAUCUACGCGCAGCACCAACAGCAAAAGUCUGUCAACAGUCCUCUAAAGGUUUGUAGUCACUAAACCUCAACUAAGUGCUUUAGAACCCAACACACUGAAGAAUGACAAGAUGUUCAAAUGAUGCCGUGGGAUUCCCUGUUGUUUGGCAAUCACCCAUGUUAUGUUCAAUUAGACUAAAAACAUGUUAUGUUCUGUGA